ACGUGACUCGGCGGGAAAACAAGCAAUGAAAAUGGCGGGUGUCUCGUUAUCGAAAGAGGCCCUGGAGGCCUACGUCGUCAAUGCGAACGAUGUUGUGCACUUCAAGUUAGUUAUGACGACGGAUGACAUCGAAGAUGAUGACAUUGCCUUUCAUCCGGAGAUGUCUCAUCAAAUCUUCGGCGAGGGGGAAAGCAUCUUUGGCUACCGGGACUUGCAGGUCAAGCUGUACUACGGCUGCUGCUCACUCACUCCAUACCUUGGCAUGGCCUACACGGAAAAGAUUGAUCUGAAGAAGAGUGACGGUCUCAAGGCUGAUGAUGUGCUCAAAACCGUCUUGGAGAAAUUGCCCUCUGGUGUUCACACAAACAUCGAUGAGUUUGUGUCCCUACUUCCUAAAGAAACUACAUUCCGACCAUUUGGUGAACUACUUCAUUCUUUUAAAAUUGGAAAAGGUGGCCUGUCGCGUACAUUUGAGCUGUACUCGGCAUGCGUGACAACGCCUGGCUUUCUGGAUUAUCAUGCUCGCAUGCAGAGCUUCAUCCUGUGGUUCAUUGAUGCAGCUUCGUACAUCGACUCCGAUGACGAGAAGUGGGAGUACUUUGUCCUGCAUGAGAAAAGGGUUGUGGAUGGAGUCACGUGCUACCCCUUCGUUGGCUACGCAACGGUGUACAGAUACUAUGCUUAUCCGACCCACAUCAGGCCAAGGAUCAGUCAGAUGUUAGUCCUACCUCCAUACCAGAAGAUGGGCUUGGGUACAGAGUUGCUGCAAGGAGUAUAUAACUUUUACAGAGACCGAAGCGACGUGCUGGACAUCACAGGUAUGGAAGAUCCUUCGGAGGUUUUCACACGGCUCAGGGACUUUGUCGAUGCCAGGAACUGCCAGAAGCUUGCUUCAUUUGCGAAGGAACAUUUGCUCAAUGGUUUCUCUGAAGAUAUGUGGAAAGAAGCCCAGCAGAAACUGAAGGUUAACAAGAAGCAGGCACGGAGAGUAUAUGAGAUUCUUCGAUUACGAGCAACGAACACUGCGAAUGCCAGCCAGUAUAAAGCAUACCGCCUGGAAGUGAAGAACCGGCUAAACGCACCUUACCAGAAGCAAAAGACUGAUGUUGAGAAGCUGCAACGGACGAUGUCACCGGAGGAGUUCCGUGCCACGCUGCAGUGCCUGAAUGCCGAAAACCGCAUCGAGCAGCUUGAGAGUCAGUACAGGGAUUUGGAGAUGGAGUAUAGGCGCACCAUCGAGCGCCUGGCGGUGGCUCCGAGGAGCUGAUGUGGCUGCGGUGCCACUGCAACUGUGUGCGCUGUUCAUCCUACGUUUGGUGCGUGUGUGUUUGCUUGCUUGGUCCAUGUUCCGCAUGUUGUUCCACUUGAGGGGUGACUGCACACCGUGUGCCACUGUUAUUUGAGACAACACUGUCUUAGUUGCACUGACAUUUCUGAAGUGGAGUUUUUUUUUUAGAUCUGACUUGAGGGGAAGCCUCUAUUGAGAAUUUUGCAGUGCUCGGUGUCGAAUAAUCCGGUUCCAGUGAGGAUUGUUGCAACCUAAAUGACAAAGAGUGUCAUGUGCUUGGGGGCAGAUCUUUUGUUCAGGCCAUUGGAUUUCGCCCAAGCGGAGUCUUCCUCUUAAGACUGUCAGACAUUGAUGUGAAUGGAAGUCAUCUGUUAAUGUACCGGUUGUGGAUAUAUGUCCGCUUAUUGUUGCAAGAAAUUUCUAGGAGCGCAAAAGUUGUUGAUGCAUCUCGUUCUAAUUCAGUCCACUAAGACUGUUGUCAAUGCCUAAAACAAAAAUGAGCGUGCUCCUAGGGUUUGCAUGCUAGGUUCCUCACACAGUGAGGAUUGCCUGCAUCUGGUGAAGGGCUCACGCCAAGGUUGACCACCUUGCAGAGUUUCAUAAGAAAGAUUAUUAAAGGAAAAUUCGGCACAAGCACGAACUGCCAGAAUGCAGAUCUGGCCAGCAUGAGAAUGAUUGAUUAGAGUAGCAUGUGGACUUGCAUUAACUUUCUCCCUCUGGUUUUGAUUGUACUUGCAGCCUUUGAUACCCUCUGAUUCCUGAGAUUAUUCGGAAAAAGUAGUAGAACAGACGGCAAAAAUGUAUGGAGGACAGGUGCUGCUUUUUCGUCAUCUGCUCCGUUUGCGCUCUCAUGAACAUGUCCCCCAAUUGGUCCGGUAUUUUAACCGGCUACGAUUCCUGAGGUUACUUUGCCAUUGUAACUUCAUGCAUGGAAAAUGACCAAAUGAGGCAAAGUGGUUAGCCUUAUUCAGUCUCCAACUGCUGCUACCCAACUGUUUUCAGAACAUUACGAACUGUUUUCAGAACAUUACAGAGUUAAAAAUUAUUUCUUGGAGAAUAUCAGAAUUUACUCAUUGUGGGUGGUGCCCUAAACCUCAACACUCUCAAGUGUUGUAGUUUAUUAAUUGAUUUGGAAUCACAAACUCAAGCAAAUUUUAUGUAUGUGGAACACUUAGCUCGCCUUAAAAAAAAAAGUUUAAAAGCAACCACACAGCACAGUUGUACCCUUAACACAAUAAAGGAAGCUUGCUUUGUGCUUUCAGUGAAGCCAUGCAAAAUUAUAGAAACAUCUGCACACUGCUACCCUCGAUUCCCAAAUUGGUCAAAUGCUGUUUUUUUUUAUUCUAUACUGUAGGGCACAGAAAAGAAACAGCUGACGAUUAGCCCAGUCUUUAAUCCCUUGGGAUGGCACGUGUGAUUGCCAAUGUUGGCCCAGCAUUUGGUCUCGCUUACAGUGUUAUUUGGGAUGGCGCAUGUUGUCAACAACCAUCAGUUCGAUUAUAUGACAUAAGUCCUAAGCUGGACAAUGUUGGUCCAACAUUGGUCUUACUGACAUUGUUAUUUGGGAUGGCAUGAAUGAUUCCAGUGCUGAAUUUUCCUGUAGUAAACUUGCCAUAAAACUCUGAAAUAUCUUGACAUGGGAAGUCUUGCUUUAAAAUAAAUUAAUAUAAAAACACUACGCAAAUUCAAUGUAUGCCAUCAUUCUUUGCUAAGAAUUUGACUAGUUAAAAGAGGGCUAUAGAAAGCUAAUGUGUUCUAUCUUUUCGCCAGUGUAGUGCAUGAAGUUCUUUCAGUAUUAGUGGCUCAUGCAGUAUUGUCUAUCUUUUUUUUUCCAUGGCUGAAACAAAAACAGAAAGUUGUGCUCAUCACUAUGCGGUAACUUGUACAUUUGUCACAGUCAACUAGUGUGAAAGAGUGGGUGAAAACAAUCAUCAUCUUGUAUGACCAUGUAGCCUGAAUACGCAUGGCCCAGCAGAGUCUAAAUGAUUAUUAAGACUCUGCUAUGGUGUUGCGGGCUGAUUACCUAUAAGCCUUAACACAUUAAUGAUUUGUGCUACAUUACUUGCGGGUUAUUUCUAUGCGCAGUUGUAAUUUUGUUUUACUGCACAUCUUUUGUUCAAUUUGUUCUGUUUGUGGUAAUAAAAUUUCCUUGUACUAUCCAAAGAAA